UCUCCCUGCGUGCUCCCGGGCUUUCCCCGCCCUCCAAUCUUGUGGUCCAUAUUGGUGGGACUUAUAGGAACAAUCCUCAAAUUUAGAAUAAGUUAUUGCCUGCAUUAGAUAAGUACAACCGUUAAAAGGGCGGAGAUAGUGUUUUUUCAGUGCCGAGUCAGUCAGUCAACGAACAAGUCAGUAGAAGAAAAUGGACAAAAGGAAAUUGUCUACUCAAGGAGACUCACUGUAUCAGCUCCUAGGUUUGCCUAAAACAGCCACCCCAGAAGAAAUUAAGAAAACUUACAGAAAGUUAGCUUUGAAGUAUCAUCCAGACAAGAAUCCUGACAAUCCUGAGGCAGCAGAAAAGUUCAAGGAGAUCAAUCGGGCGCACUCGACGCUGAGUGAUGCGGUGAAGCGGAACAUCUACGACAACUACGGCUCCCUCGGCUUGUACAUCGCCGAGCAGUUCGGCGAGGAGAACGUCAACACCUACUUCCUGGUGACGUCCGGCUGGUGCCGCGCGCUCUUCGUCUUCUGCGGCAUCAUCACUGGCUGCUACCUCUGCUGCUGCUUUUGCUGCUGCUGCAACUUCUGCUGCGGCAAGUGCAAGCCGGCGCCGCCCGACGAGACGGGCGCCUACCACAACCUGGACCCGGACGGGCCGCAGGUGGUCGUCGACCAGCCGUCCUCCUCCGGCUUCCAGAAGGGCGACGAUGAGCUGGACCUCGAGGCGGGCAGCCCGCCGGACGACGGCGCCGACCAGCCGGUCACCAGCCAGCCGCUGGCGUUCGCCAUGCCCCCGCCGCCGGCGGCCAACCAGAGCCAGCCGCACCAGUCGACCAACCCCAACAACCCGUUCGCGAUGCCGGCCCCGCCGCCGGCCACGGAGAGCACCGGUCUCAAGACCAGCGAGCAGACCACCUACACGCCAGGCAUGACACAGGCGGGAGUUCAGUCACAUUUCCCCUAGGUCUGGUGCCAGCCCAUAGCCGCUACUGCCAGCGCUACGCCGGCCAGCAGUGAGGUGCGGUCGCGACCCGCAUGUCACCUGCGGCCACGCCCGUCCCGUCGGCCCCGGUCGUCCGAUCUCCCUGCGCACCUGCGAAACGGCCCCGGGCGCUCCUGCGGCGGCCGACUUCGCCCCGGACGCCGCGGCCGGCCGCCUCGGCGACGACCGCGGACGCAGCGGGUCGCGCGGCUCGGCUGGCGACCGCCGCGUCAUCUAUACUGGCUCGUCCACGUGGUGGCGCUGCCGUCGAUUGGUCUGCGGUGGCGUAGCGGGUGAUUGGGAAUGUUGGAUCAAGGGCAACCGGGUGGAAAUAUAUUUUGUGAAAUAUGCUAACUAGGUCUAUUUGUUAUCUUAUUCGGGCCUUCUUUCUUUGUGUAAUGUGAUUGUAAACCCUUAUGGGAAGAUUUUCUGUGUUUUCACGACGUCCCGAGCCCCCAUAAUAUUCACGUGCGUCGGUGUCAAUCUGCUUAUCAGGCAGUUGCACUCGUCAACCGUUUAGAAACCCGUGGGCUUCAUCCUUGCGGAUGCGUGCAUGAUGCAUCCUUCAGUGGCUGUUGAUUGUUAAGGCAAGCUGCGCGAGGUUCUCAGUUGUGGGAUUGGGUGUAUCUCAUCAGUUCAAGUUAAGUCCGCUGAAAGGUACCAAAUGAGAACAGCAAAGAUAUCACGCGCAUUUGGUCGGAGAAAAUGCAUUGGUCAGCUUCAUUGCCGUUGGUUCCGGAGAUAUGCCGUCUCAAUCAUACAAGCGUCUCCCAGUCCAGGCGUCUGACCACCCAUUCAGUAUUUAGCUGAGGUAUCUCAGUAUUUGACCAUCCAUAGGGGAAAAACUGUAAUAAUCCAUGUUUCUUGUUCUUCGAUGUGACCGCAAAGCUGUUUGCCUGGUGUUAUGCUGUGAUCGUGUGUUUGGUUCCGAAUGACAGGCCCAUGAAGCAGUCCCUUUCGGCCGUCGCCACCCCAGGAAACCCACUUUCUGCGCGGCGUCCGCAGUAGCCCGUUGUUUUGUGAUAUAUCGUUUUUUUCGAGGUGUGCACAGUUGUCCGUUGACACUGUGGGGAACGACUGCGGCUUUGUCUCGCCUCUGACUCCGCUAAGUGGCGAUGUGCUCCCAGGAUAUCCGCCUGUUCUUUGCCCCAUGACCGUGACUGCAUAUACUACAGCCCCUCGGCAUUUCGGCAUCGGCCUGUCUGCCGAGCUUGCGUCAACCGUGGUCGGUCCUUGUGCCCGUGGCUGUUGUCCCGAUUAUACUGCUUUGAGUUUUGAGACUACCACCAACUCAGUUCCUUCAGCUAACACCUUGUCCUAGUGGAUGCAUGUUGGGUGUUCAUUGGCCUCUGCGGCCUCGGGACGUUUCGAGCUCUGCGUGCAUUCUCGUCUUAUCGGGCAUUACUCUUGCUCUGAUCUUCACUCUUAGCACCGCACGACAAACGUGUGCGCACUUUCGACGUUCCUAGAUAGUUAACUGUGUACCAUGAGCAAAACAGAUGGGGAACGUAGGGAAAACUUUGAACCUUGAAAAUUAAAGAUGUUCUAUGAAUAUAUUUAUAUAUAUACAUAUAUAUAUAUAUAUAUAUAUAUAUAUAUAUAUAGUUGAUUUCCUGUUUUGCUGGUAGUCUUGUGCAUACAUCUUAUCACGGGUCGUAACGUGUUAACCUUACUCUGUCCCGGGAGUUGCCGCGGAGUGGUCUGCCAUCUGACGGCACACCAGUGAACUUUGGUUUCGUUCCCUACCGCGGGCGUGCCGCGCUGCUGCGGCUUAUCCCGACGAAGCGGCGGCAUCGGACGACGCCUCGCCGUCGCACCCCGGUCCGCGUGGCGAUCAAGGCAUAGGUGGCCGGUGGUGGACGGCCGCACACAGCGGGUGCGUCCGUCCGGCGCGCAGACGGACGUGCCGCCCGAUUGGGGUCCGGUGCGCACACGGACGCGCCGCCCGAUCGAAGUGCGGCGCGCCGCGUGCGGUGUCAGGCGACGCCGCCGGAGCGAGCGCCAGCAUGUAUGGGUGUAAUCCUGUGACGUUUGCGUAUAAGUGUAGAUAAUCUGAGAUCCAAUACAGUCGCA